AUGGCCGAGGAGUCGCACCUCAUCUUCGACAUCCCACAGGACGAGAUCGUCGUCAGCUCCUCGAUGUCGCGCAUCGAAAACGUGCGCGCUGCCCGCGGCGGCGGGAGCAGCAGGGCCCCGCAGGAACAGUCGAGCACCAACGUCCUCGGCUCGGUGCAGGAGGAGCCGUUCGUGCUCAUCGCCGCGGAUCAGCCAGGCCUAGCGGACGAACAGCAGCGCAACGCCGACCGCGCCAGACCCAACUCCGAAUUCGGCAAUGCCGUCGGCGGCACCAGCGUGCGAGCCAUUACCUUCCUUCUCAUCGCCGUCGCCUGCCUGCUGCUUGUCGGUUCCAUGGUCCUCACUGACGUCACCAACAAGGACGCCAAGGGCGCAGAGGGCGAAGAGUUCGAGAACAGCACCGAUGUGUCCAACACCGACUCCGACGGCCAAGCCGACGCCACGGCUCCACCCAGGGCGUCGCCCGACGGUGUCCAAGGCAACGACCGGCGUAUCCAGCCUCCCGAAGAGAACCGCAACUUGUUCAAGGCGAGGCGACCGGCGGCCAGGAAUUCGCGAGGACCUCGCAAGAGCCUCCACAGGAUGCUGAAGGGCACCAAGUGUACGAGCAAGGCGUGCGUCGAGCAAGGCGUCAAGCUGGUCGACGAACUGGAGCCCAAGAUCAGACCGUGCGACGACUUUUACCAGCACGUGUGCGUCCGCUGGCAGCACCGACAGCCGUCUAACGUGCAGAGCGACCGCGUCUCAGUCGACUACGCGCUCGUCGACCUCUUCAGCGAGCUGCUGGUCAACGUGAUCCGCUCGGACGCGACGCCCUUUCCGGAGCUCAAGUUUUUCAUCGACGAGUGCGUCCGGCCGCAGCCGAACCUCUUCCGCAACGUGAGGGAUGCCGUACUACGACAUCUAGACCUGAAGGGGUGGCCGUACAAGGCGGACAGCGCCAUUCCCGACCAGACGCUGUCGGUCAAGGUGGGCCGAGUGCUUUCCGAGAUAGGUUUGGAGACGCUGUUCAGCGUGUAUCGCGGUCUUACUGGCGCUGUAAUCGGCCAGCCGCGCAACCUUUUGCUUCGCCACUUCCUAGGCUCAGAACCGCAGCUCGCGGGUCGUCUGGUCGGCAAGGCCUACGAGUUCCUUGUCCAGGCAAUGACCAAGCAGACGACCGCUCCGUUCGAAGCGUCGGCGAUGACGAAUGUGACGACUAUCGAAACCUUGAUUCGCCGAAUGCUGAACUCCAACCGGGCCGUUCUUGACGCUGGUCGUCUCAAGAAUUGCUCGACGCGUCAGAUGAUCGACCUGCCCAGGCUCGGCACCGUAAACUUGCACAGGUUUUUCGAAGCUGCGGUGGGUGGCGAUUCGACGAUGCCGGAGACGACCAGCGUCCACCUUUCGGACACCGAUUACUUCGACCGAAUGCGCACCCUCGCCCUGACGAAGCAUGACCUGCUCAAUUACGUCACCUUUCGCGUCGUCCUUGAGCUGACGCCCCUGAUAAGCAACUGGACUCUCCGGUCCACGCUCGCCUCGGUGGCCUACUCCCGUUACGCCGAGUUCUCAGAGCGUUUGGACCCGGCUCAGAUGUGCGUUCGCUUCCUAGAACGCUACGAGCCCGCGGUGCCGCUUUACCUGACGUUCAAGAGGGCCCUCGAGUUGCUGGGAGGUCCCUCGGUGAUCCGAACUGUACUGGACGUCCUGAAGAAGACGUUUCUCACCGACCUCCAGAAUUCCACCAUGUUUAGGAACACGUUCAAGCAGCACGCGACCAACCAAGUUAAAGACAUCUACUGGGAAGCCCUCAUGCCGUACUGGCUGUCCGAGCAGAAGGCCGCCGAGUCGUACGCUGAGGGCCUGUACACGAACAACCCGCGGCACCCGACGCCGCACUUCUUCUACUUCUGGAUGCGCACGGCGGCCCAUAAGAAGCGCGAGUUCCUCUUCGGUAACAAGACCUCCUGGACGGGUGGCUUCCUGAACGCGUGGGCCACGCUCGACCCACCGUACGACCACCUGGAAAUACCGCUGCCCGUCUUCGACUUCAUGAUGCCCAACGACUCGAGCACCGCCCACCUUCACCUGCCGCGCGUCGGGCCGCGAGUCUAUCGAGAGCUGCACCGCUUCCUGUGGCACGAGGCCAUUAACUUCGACCUCGAACGACCGGCGUCCGAGGAGUCGCACUACUUCGAGCGGCUGCGGCGUUGCCUGGAGAAUCAAUACAGGGACAUAGACUUCAACCCGAGCCGCGUACCCUUCAACUCGGCCAGGACGUCGGCCUCGGACCUCCUGGACCUGCUGGCGGUACGCACGGCGUUUCACGCCUACCUUCGACAGCUCGGGGCGCACGACGGCGACUACCGGUUGUCCGGAGCACCGAACCUUAGCGGACAGCAGCUUUUCUUUCUGUACUACGCGCGAAGCCACUGCGAGCGGCUCAACCCUCGCUUCGCGGUCAAGCUGAUGACUAACGGGCCGGUCAGUCCCGGAUGGUACAGGGUCAACGGCCCGCUGCGAAACAUGCACGACUUCGCCAUCGCGUUCGGCUGCACGCCGGGCACGUCCAUGAACCCGGCCGAUAAGUGUCUGUGA